AUGAUUUUAGAUCCUGCUACUCCCAAAGUUAACGAAUAUUCAAAUGAGGAGAGUGCAGAGUUUUGGAAUUGUAUGGAUGAGAUCCUUCAAUUGGAUCAUGAAAAAUAUAAUGCAGAUAGGCCAGCAGUUAUUAAUUCCAAUUUAGUUAAAUAUUUGAAAUUUGCAACAGAUUCUUACAGAGAAUAUAUCAAUACAGAUAGAGACCUUUAUAGAAUGGCAUUAACGCUAGUGGAGUCUCUCAUAUUUUCCGAUAAUAUAAAAUUUUGUUUAAGUAAAUUGUUGUCAUUACUAAAUAUCGAUCUACUAGAUAUGAAUAUGAAAUUUUUCAUAUCUUAUAUAUUAUUAUUUGAAGCUAAAAGAAAUUUAAAUUCAUUAGAUAUAAUGAUAGAAUAUCAAGGGUUUGCUGUAUUUUACAACACUCUUUAUACACAAUUUGCAUAUUUAGAGAAAUAUAGCUUAGAGAAUAGCUAUCCAAGUCAUAAGGGUGAUAAAGAACAAGAAUUAACAGAUUUAGAUGUUAAAAUAAUUGAUGAAAUGAAACAAAUAUCAACAGUAUUAAUGGAUUUGCUGUAUCAAAUGUUUAAAUAUUGUAAAUGUACAAUUACAGAUAUUCAGAUAGUGGAUGAUUUUUUCGUUCAUUUUCUAAUGCAUUCUGUAAGAUCAGACACAACAACAGAUUUAUUUAGUAAUUCAGAAUUUAAAGUAUUAUUAGCAUUAAAUGAACAAUAUAUCGUGUUUGCUAAGGAUUUUAAGAUUGAAAAUAAAGUCUUUAAAUAUGUUCUGAAUGAAUCAGUAUCAAAAUCUUUCAUUGAGUUAUUGUUAUUAAAAUUUAAUAGAUCAUCGGAUUCAUCGUUGCAAAUAAUGAUGUGCAAAAUCUUAUACUUAGUUCUUACUACAACAAAGGAUAACAUUGCAAUGGAUUUCUUUUAUUUAAAUGAUUUAAACGUAUUUGUCGACGUUUUAUUGAGAGAAUUACAAAAUAUAUCAGAAAAUCAAGAAAGUUUAAGAAAUACGUUUCUACGUGUGUUACUCCCUCUUAUCAAAAAUACAGAAUUAUCUAAGACACACUAUAGAAAGGAUGAUUUGACAGAACUACUAUAUUAUCUUUCCAGCUAUGAUAGUUUCUGUACCAGUGAUGACAUCAGUGAUGAACAGAAAAUUACUGUUAAACUAGCAUUUAGAAUAUUGAAUGAAGUUGAGUGGCUACAACCUUUAUCUCAGAACGAUGGUGACCCUAGCAUGACAAGUAGAUCGUCCAGCAUAAGUAUCAAUGGAAUGACAUUUGUCAAUAAUAAUGAAAGAGAGAAAGGAUUAUAUAAUGUUUCAACAAAUGACAGUAUCAUUUCAAUAGAAUCCCUCGGUAAAAGAAAAUCGAGACCUCCGCCGCCUUUACCUCCGACGAGGAAGAAUGUCACCCCAAAGCGUGCUGAUGUUAAUGACUACCUGAUGGGUAUUCGUUCGGUAGAAUGA